AUGGUGGACGAAGUCAGACAAUCGAUACAGAUGACCAUAUACUUGCAAGCGCAGGCUGCGCAAAUCAGGCCUUUGCUGUUCGUCAUAGUGCUUGCUGUGGGACUUGGCUGCCCGUUUCAGUUUUACAGCAACUCUGUUGUAAACAAUCUAUUUACUGUUGUGCAGCCAUUUUACAACGAUUCGUUUUAUCAGCAUUAUGGAUAUUGGUUGGACAAGGAGAACUUCGAUCUGCUGUGGUCUGUCACUACUGCGUCGCUGCAAAUUGGUGCUACAGUUGGCUCUGUGGCGACACAAAUACUAGCUGAGAGAGUAGGCCGGAGAAUAGGACUAAUUAUAACUAGCACCGUCUGCAUAAUUGGAUCGAUACUGACGACCAUACCAUUAGUGACCAACAGUUUUGAGCUGCUUAUUUUCGGCCGUUUGAUUCUUGGACUGUCCCUUGGAUGCUCCCUUGGAUUAGCAUCGAUGUUUAUCAAUGAAAUUUCUCCAUCAAGUUUUAGAGGCAUGUUUGGAUCAUUGUUGCAGGUAUGUCUGGGCUUAGGCAACCUCUUGUCCCUUAUUUUCACGCUGCCUCAGUUGUUUGGAACAGAGAGCCUAUGGCCGAUUUCUAUGAUCAUUCCGGCAAUCACGUCCCUGAUACAAUUGGUCGUUCUGUUGCUUUCUCAUGAAACACCACCAUAUUUGAUAUACACUAUUAAGAAUGCCGAGAAAGCGACCCGCUCACUAAGUUUCUAUGGUGGGAACGCGUUUCAUCUUACCAUGAUCACAAAAGUACUCAGUGCCAAGAAAUCGACAGUAAAGGAACUUUUCAAACAGAAUAAUUUGCGUCUUGCGAUCAUAUUGUCGAUAAUAAUCGCGUUCGCCGUUCAGUUCAGUGGAAUUGCAGCGAUUCUGGCUUAUUCAAAAACAAUGUUCGUAAACGCCGGCUUCGACGACCUAAAAAGUAAAUACGCAAGUCUCGGUAUAGGAGUGUGCAACACUCUGUCGCCGCUGAUCUCGACCUUAUUGGUGGAAAGAUUGGGUCGAAAAAGCAUUCUGAUUGGCGGACUGUCCAUCUGCCUUUCGUGCCUCUGUUCUCUGAUUUUGUUCAACGAACUUAACAUCAACUUUAACUGGCAACCCGGACAGAUUCUCACUCUUCCUUGUUUAUACAUAUUCCAAAUCGGUUUCUCGCUCUCAUCCAGUGUACUUUGGAUCAUUGCCGCCGAGCUUUUCCCGCAAGCCGCUCGAUCCACGGCCAUGACUACCAUUGUUUUCUUCUUCUUUCUCUUCCAAACGAUCGUUGUAUUCGCUUACUUGCCAUUAAGCGUCGCGGCAGGCACCUCUCUCAGUUUCUUGCCGUUCAUCAUCGCGCUUGUAAUCUCUAUUUUUCUGCUGUUAAAAUUUCUGCCAGAAACAAAAGGCGUGAAAAUGGAUGAAGUGGAAAGACAGAUGUUUCGCAGAAUGUCACGCAUAUCACAGAUAUCAUCAAUUUCUGGAGGUUCUUUCAAAUUAUAA